UUCAAUACAGGUUAAUAUUGUUCUUCAAUAAACUUAUAUAUUCUUGUAUAUCUAUAACUUGUACAGUCUCCCGUUAUUAAAAAAUUUUGUAGAAUGUUAUUAUCAAAUGAAGAGUAUUUGAAUUCAUUAAGUUUGCUUUUUUCCUCUGAAAAAGGAAAAGGAACUGUUUUUUUAACUCAAAAACGAUAUUCAUACAAAGAUGAGAGAGAUCCUUCACCAGUUGAGGGGGAAUCUUGUGAUAUAUCCUGUCUAACAUAUAAACUUCUCUUCAGAGCUACUGAUGGUAAAAAAACGAAAAUUUCAACUUUGGUAGAUACAUCUUUUUUAAUACCAUUUUUUUCAAGAUAUAUGGAGAUAUGUAAGUCUGGAAUGAGAUGUUUAAAGAAACGUGAUAGAAAAAAACAAAAAGCUAAGAAGAAUAAAGUGGUAGAUUCAAAAUUAUAA